ACUUCGGCGUCCAAAAAAAAAAAUCUCUGCCCCUCUUCGCAAGCCAAACUAGGGUUUUGAAACUCGAAGACACUCGCCUAAAACCCUCUCUCUUUCCCUCUUCCUAGUCCUCUCAUACCUUCUUCAUUUUCACCGAUCACUUUCAGUGCUCUUUCAUGGGUAGCCAAGCAGCUGUUUCGUUCCUCACGAACGUCGCACGCGCCGCCUUCGGGCUCGGCGCCGCCGCGACCGUCCUGAACUCGAGUCUCUACACCGUUGACGGUGGCCAACGUGCCGUCCUCUUCGAUCGUUUCCGGGGUAUUCUUGACGAUACUGUGGGGGAGGGUACUCAUUUCCUCAUCCCCUGGGUACAAAAGCCUUACAUUUUCGACAUUCGCACUCGCCCUCACACCUUCUCUUCCGUCUCUGGAACCAAGGACUUGCAGAUGGUCAACCUCACCCUCCGAGUGCUCUCUCGUCCUGACACUGGUCGCCUCCCCGUGAUUGUACAGAACCUGGGGCUCGAGUAUGAUGAGAAGGUUCUUCCGUCCAUUGGAAAUGAAGUUCUCAAAGCCGUGGUCGCGCAAUUCAAUGCUGAUCAGCUCUUGACUGAGCGUCCCCAUGUUUCGGCGCUAGUUCGUGAGAGUUUGAUCCGGCGAGCUAAGGAUUUCAACAUUGUUCUUGAUGAUGUUGCUAUCACUCAUUUGUCAUAUGGACAUGAAUUUUCAAGGGCUGUGGAGCAGAAGCAGGUGGCGCAACAAGAGGCAGAGAGGUCCAAGUUCGUGGUGAUGAAGGCGGAGCAGGAAAGGAGGGCUGCCAUUAUUAGAGCAGAGGGAGAGAGUGAGUCUGCCAAGCUAAUUUCAGAUGCCACGGCGUCUGCUGGUACGGGGCUGAUUGAACUUCGUAGGAUUGAGGCAUCAAGGGAAGUGGCGUCUACACUGGCCAAGUCGCCUAACGUAGCUUACCUGCCCGGUGGGAAGAACUUGCUCAUGGCUCUUAACGCUGCACGUUGAUGCUGGAUUCAAUGAUGUGGUUAGUGGCAAGCUUGGAUUAUUGUUUUCCUUGUUGUCCUUCAUCGAAAGAAAAAUUUGCUCCCUCCCUCAUUUUUUAAGUGACUCACGCGGCCCUACAUCGUGGAGACUGUCCAUGAAAAUAAGUCAAUCUUGUUUAGGAAAGAUUAGGAAUGAGUAUGAUAUGAGUUUCAUGUUUUGAUGAAUGGGUUCCCUUAACUACAGAACCAUGGCUAUAUGCGACCAUACGCUAAAUAUGUCGCGUAAAGGUAGGAGAUCAAUUUGAAUAUUUGCUUCUGUGCCUUACGCAAGUA